UUCAUAUUCAUUCCUUCAUUCAGAAACCUAUUCUGCUAUUUGCUAUUAUCACUCCACAGAUGCUACUUUACAUUCCUCCAUUCAGAAACCUCUGCUGCUGGCUUCUGCUCAUUUAGUUCUACGGCUGCUACUUCAUAUCUCUCUGCUGUUCUAGUACCCUGGAUGCUACUUUUUGUAUUUCUCCAUUCAGCAAGCUCUGCAUCUGGUAUCUAAUGUGAGACUCUUAUAUAAAAAAUUUGGGAGACAUUCUACAUUCUAGAUUGCUCAUCUUAUUAAAGCCCCAGUGUUUACCUUCUCUCUUUAUGUUUAAGGAAUCAAUAACUACUCCCCCCAGGAUUUUGCGAAUUCUUCUAAAUGUAAUUGUGGAAAGCUAAGGUUAUGGUAUGAUACCCUGCUUUAGUUUGCUCCUGAUAUACCUCCUUAUGGUGACAUCAAUGAACUUGUAGGUGCUUAGUUGUAUUCCAUUAUCCUUGAAUUGUCUGAAACUGCUGGAUUUGCUCUCUUCUCUUGUAAAGCUAAAACUUUAGGUUUUUGGUUGGUCUGUAGAGGUGACUCAGUCAUGUACACUGUGGUUUUCUUACCAUAUACAGUUACACGCAUUUGUAGGUGACUUCUUGGAUUUGUGUAUGGACUUCUGCUUCCCUAAACUGUAAGUGCAUGAGUAAAAGGCACCAUACCCCAAGCCUCACCUAUGGAUCAGUUCAAUGGAGCCCCUCAGAUCCCUGCUCUCCUUGCCUGGCAGUAGCAAAUCUUCAUUUGGCAUACCUAGAGGAGCACCAAAUGCGUCAAUAUUACCAGUACCACUGGUUACAGAGGAAGAUGAAGAGCAAGAGGACAGAGAGAGCACUCCCACUAGACAGGUUUUUUUGGAUGAAGACUAUGAAGCUGGGGGAGGAGGGGCCAAUGAUGUCCCUGGAGUCAUUGGAAGCCAACCUUCAUCCUCCCCAUCUAACCCAUUCUAUUGGACUGCUGUAUUUGACUAUGAGGCCUCUGCAGAAGAUGAGCUGACCCUAAGGUUGGGCGAUCUGGUCCAGGUGCUCUCCAAGGACUCUCGGGUGUCUGGGGAUGAAGGCUGGUGGACAGGAAAGAUUCAAGACCGUGUGGGCAUCUUUCCCAGCAAUUAUGUCACCACGACACAAAGCUUCUCUAGCAAACUACAAUGCAAGAGAGUAGAAGAGCUACCUUGCUACCCAGCUUCUGCAAUCCAGUUAUUAGAAAUCGAUUUUACAGAGCUGGUCUUGGAGGAAAUCAUUGGAAUUGGAGGCUUUGGGAAGGUCUAUCGUGCUAUUUGGGGAGAAGAGGAGGUGGCUGUCAAAGCAGCCCGUCAUGAUCCUGAUGAAGAUAUCAGCCAAACCAUUGAGAAUGUCAGACAGGAGGCUAAACUGUUUGCAAUGCUGGAUCAUGCCAACAUUAUUGCACUACAGGGGGUGUGCUUGAAGGAACCUAAUCUUUGUUUAGUAAUGGAAUUUGCCCGAGGGGGAUCAUUAAAUAGGGUGCUAGCUGGCAAGAAGAUUCCACCGGAUGUUCUUGUGAAUUGGGCUGUACAGAUAGCCAGAGGAAUGAAUUACUUGCAUGAUGAAGCUAUUGUGCCCGUCAUACAUCGUGAUCUGAAAUCCAGCAAUAUUUUAAUAUCGGAAAUGGUAGAGAACGGCGACCUUAGUAAUAAAGUCCUUAAGAUCACAGACUUUGGCCUGGCAAGGGAAUGGCACAGAACCACCAAAAUGAGUGCUGCAGGGACCUAUGCCUGGAUGGCGCCAGAGGUUAUUCGUUCUUCUAUGUUCUCGAAGGGAAGCGAUGUAUGGAGCUAUGGAGUGCUGCUGUGGGAACUACUUACAGGGGAAGUACCGUUCCGGGGAAUUGAUGGUCUUGCUGUUGCAUAUGGUGUAGCCAUGAAUAAACUUUCACUUCCCAUCCCUUCCACCUGCCCAGAACCCUUUGUUAGACUCAUGGAAGAUUGCUGGAAUCCUGACCCUCAUUGUCGUCCCUCCUUUACCAACAUUUUGUUCCAACUAUCCACCAUAGAGGAGUCUGGCUUUUUUGAGAUGCCAGAAGACUCCUUCCAUUCACUGCAGGAUGACUGGAAACAGGAAAUCCAAGAGAUGUUUGGCCAACUAAGAGCCAAGGAAAAGGAGCUGCGGAGUUGGGAGGAGGAACUUUCUAGGGCAGCUCUAGAGCAGAAAAAUCAUGAGGAACUUUUACGCAGGCGGGAGCAAGAACUUGCAGAGAGAGAGAUUGACAUAUUGGAACGGGAACUGAACAUAAUCAUCCACCAGCUGUGCCAAGAGAAACCCAAAGUGAAAAAGCGCAAGGGCAAGUUUAAGAGAAGUCGACUGAAAAUGAAGGAUGGCAACAUUAUCAGCCUUCCCUCGGAUUUCCAACACAAGUUCACAGUGCAAGCUUCCCCAACCAUGGACAAAAGGAAGAGUGUAAUUAACACAAAGUUCAGCCCUCCUGCAAGUCCCACCAUUAUUCCACGACUCAGAGCCAUUCAGUUGACACCAGGGGAUUCAAGCAUAUCCAGAAAUCGGAGCACUGGGGGAUUAAAAGAUGAAAGCGAAGAUGAUGAAAAGAAAGAUCCGAAGAAGAAAGUUCGCACCUGGGUGCCGAGUACUCUUGGUAACAAAGAUUAUGUGCCUGUGGAGGACAGUGGUAGGAUAUCUGGAGAAGGGUCAAAGUCAUGCUCAUCUAGUACAUCAAAUCAUGGGAAAUCCCAGAAAACGUCUGUCAAUCCUAGCUUCACCACUGUGACGGAAGCCGAGAAUGUCAUGGACGUGUAUGUGAACAACGUGGACAACAAAGAGUCCCAAACACCUACACCCAACAAGUCCUACCUCUGCAUACCUUUCCAUAAAGGAGGAGAAGAUGUGGAAGGUCCCUUCACUGAUACCAGUAACAAUCCCACUCCUGUGAACUCUGCUACAAGUACCCCACAGCUAACCCCUACAAAUAGCCUCAAGCGUGGAUCUCAGCACAAGAGAUGCUCUUUGGUUCUUCUAGGCUGUGGAGCUCUUCUUGCCACUGUAGGCUUGGGUUUUGACCUCCUAGAAGCAGGCAAGUGCCAAAUAGGCCAAGAAGAACCUGAACCAAAGGAAGAGAAGAAGAAAAAGGAGAGCCUCUUCCAACGAGCUGCCCGCCCCCGGAGAAGUACUAGUCCACCUUCCAAAAAACUAUUCAGGAAAGAGGAGUCUCCAUCACACCAUGUUGAACCGACCCCAUCACUCACACUGCAGUCCCUGUCUUCCAUUUCUGAAUGUAAUUCCACUCGCUCGUUGCUACGUUCAGAUAGCGAUGAGAUAGUAGUCUAUGAGAUGCCUACUACUCCAGUAGAGGAACAGCCGCCUGUAGUCAGCAAUCCACUGGUCAAUGUUCACAUUGAGACUUUUAAACGCGAUCCUAACCAGUCACUCACACCAACACAUGUGACUGUAAAUUCAAGGGUGCUCCAGGAACACAGGAGGACCCCUUCUGAUGGAGCAAUUAAGGCAGUCCCAGUGAUUGUUAAUGGAACAUCACCCAGCAACUGUACAGCAGCAAAUACAAUAUCGCCUAGCAGAGACCCUCAAGAAUUUCCACGCCUUCCUGACCCAAAUCUAGUCUUCCCUCCUACCCCGCGACGCUGGAAUUCACAACAAGACUCUGCUCUAGAAAGACCUAAAACACUGGAGUUUGUUCCAAGACCUCGGCCCUCUACAAACAGGCAAAGAUUUGACUCUUGGUGGUUUGUGUCACCGAGUAAGAACCGCAGCGAUUCUCCUGCUAACAGCUCAUGCACUGAAACCCCAAGCAACGUGGACUCUUGCUUUGCCAGCAGCAGUGGGAGCACUGUAGAAGAAAGACCCGGUUGUUCCGGCUUUAUCCCACUGCCGGUGGCAACCCCAAUGGUUGAACGGACACUACUGGAUGUGGAUGUAGAAGGUCAAAGUCAAGAUAGCACUGUUCCUCUAUGCAGAACCAAACUUAAAAACUACAAACCUGCAGCCUGUGAACAAAAACAGGAGUUCUGGUCUUAAAAUGGCAUGCCAAAUGUGAUCAAAAGGAAACAAAAUGCAGCCACAACCCUUGCACUGAAUGCACUUUGAUGAUUAAAGAAAUCACUGGAAGGCAAUAUACAAUGUAGUUAUUAUGCUGCUCACUCUAAUUCUUAAAUACAACUUGUCGUUUCUUGGAGAUGGGUUAUAAUCUCCAACCAUUUACCAUUUAAAAGCUAGAAUAACUCAUUCAUCUGUAUUAAGAGAAUUUUAUGUUACACAACCAGAUCUAGUCCGGAUUUCUAUGUUUUCACUUUUAUUUUAUUUUUUUAAAUAUGUAUUCAUGUUAUCUUUUUCUCCUAGAAUUUUCAGAACCAAUUUAUUUUGUCAGCUGAUGACAUCAUAGCAGCAGCUCUCUAAGCUUUUUAAUUCCAUUUCCCCAGCUGCAGCCAUUGUGCUCUUGUCUUGACUACUCUCUGGAAUAUGCAAAUGGAA